AUGAUUAAACAAUUAAUUUCAUCAAUAAUUGAAUGUGAAAAAUCAUUGGAAAACAUAAGAAUUGAAUUAAAUUAAUAGUCCCUAUUUUCUCUCAAACCCAUCAUGCACAGAUUGGACUCAAAUAAUUAAGGACAUAUUACUUCAUACGAUAUCCUUCAGUUUUGCUAAGAUAACGAUAUUUCUUGCCAGCAUUAUGACGCUUUCCUAUGCCUUAAAUAUUUGGAUGUCAACAAAGAUGGCAGAGUUACUUUUGAUGAUCUUGCUAUUUAAAUACUAUCAAAAACUAAUCGUGAAAAAAGAUUUGUAGCUGCAAUCAGAGAGCCUUACUUUAUUGAAAAAUCAAUGUGUCUGCCUGAAAUUAUAGAAACUGGGCUUACUUACUACUUUGGAGAAUUAUUAAUUUAUUUAAGAGAAUAAUUGGAAAUAAAAAAGAGUUUAGAAAAAGAAAAUUUUAAUUACUUUAAACUCUUUUCAUAAUUAGAUUAGAAUAAUAAUGGAAUCAUUCACAUAAAUGAAUUUUUAAAAUACUUUAAUUUGACUCAAGAAGAUGCAAAUUAUUUUUAUAUGAUGGGCAAUCAUAAUGAGACAAUCGAUUAAAUUAACUUAAUGGAUAUCUUUGUCAUACCACAGUUGGAACAUGAAAAUAUUAAACAGGAAAAAGCCUAAUCACCAUUCAAGAAAAAUGCAUUUUAAUAAUUCACGUAUUAAAAUGAAGAUUCAUUUCAAUCUCCUGAAUAGAGAUCCACUGUUAAAUAUAAACAAGCUUAACUCAAACUACUAAAUAGUGAUUAAACCCAUAGUAAUACCAGUAGCAAAUUUGUAGAUGAAUUAACAAAGAAAUUAUAAGAUUUUACAUUCACUCCUAAAUCAAAUAAGACGACAUGUAAUAUUGAAAUAACCAGUUUCGAUAAAUUUGCUUACUAAUUAUUGUAUCAAUUGCUUCUUAAAUGUAAAUUUCUUUAAAAAACACAGUAAAAAUUGAUUCAGAGACAUGACUUUUGCUGUAAGUGGAUCUUCAAAGUAUUUGAUUGUGAAAAUAAAGGAUUCAUAACAGAGGAAGACUUCCUUUCAGGUUUUAGAAAAUUAAGAAUCCAAAUCAAAGGUGGACCAAGAGAUCUAAUAUUAAAUUAUGGCUAGGACUUUAAAAUAAAUUAUGAACAAUUCAAGAAACUAAUCUAUUUUGAAAAUGAUGCUGAUAUUGAUGAAAAUUCAUAGUUUAACCCAUAAAUUUUCAGCAAUGUUACAAUUGAUUACAUCAGACAAUUGUUAUAGGAAUAGAUCGAUAUAGAAUCAUUUAAAAAAAGCUAUGUUUAAUAUAUACUAAAGAAGGCCAAUAAUAAUGAUGAGUCUAUUAUUAUUAAAAAGUAAAUUCAAGAACUAUUUAAUAAAUACAAUGCCUUUCCCAAUGAUAGAGAAUUAGCAAUAUUAACAAACUAAUUGCAGAAUUUAUAUUUUUGA